AUGCCAUCCAGUUUAACACCUUUUAUACAAAAGAUUAAUUUAAAUAAUCAUAAUAAUGGUCGAAUUUCUAAGCGAAAAACUCCAAAUCUCUGCCCUGAUUGUAAAAAUACGGAUCACGAUGCCAAAUUAUUUUCCAAUAGAAUAACUAGGGUCGAAGAAAUAAUUGAUAAUUUUAACGAACGCCUUCAAAAAAAAAAUCCUGAGCGAUUUUCCAUAUUCAAUGCAAAAUUUACUCUAAAUAGCGUUCCCUGUGAAUUAGAAUAUGAUUUGGCGAGCUUCUCUUUAGAAGAGUUGCAAAAACUAGCAAAUUUUACGACUCAAAAUUUCAAUUGA